CAAGUUUUCUUGCCCUAACAUACAUUACCGUGCAGAGGCGUGUCAGUAGGCUCAAAAAAAGGUGAAAGAAGACGCUUCUUCUUUCUUGUGAUACAAAAUCCCUAUUUCUCUUCCGUCGGACUAGUCAAGUCUAACAUAGAUUCCAGCUAAAUUCUCUCCAUUCUUUGGAUCGAAACGCCAAAGAUCUGCAAUUGCACCCUUGCUUGUACAAAAUAUAUGGCAACAACAACAACACACUGACCCAAGCUUCUCCAAUGGCAAACACCCGCAAAGGCAAGUUGCUUUCUUUUCUCUCUCUGCUUUUCAUUUUAGCUGCAAUUUCGGGGAGCUGCUCUAGCUCGGUACCUGACGAUCACCACUCUCCUGACCAUGAACCUGAGACUGAUACUACCUCUCAAUCCUACCAGCAACAAGUUUUAUUACAUAAACUUGAAGAAUUAGUGAGGAACCUCAGUGAAGUAGUUGCUAGAUUAGAAACAAAAUUAUCGGAGUCUGCCAAAGUAGAUGUAUCUUUAAAGGGUACUCAUCAAAAUUGGGAACAAGAUAGGGUUAAUCAGAUAAAAUCCGAUAGUAAAAGAUCGGUUAUUAAAGUCCAAGAAGAGGGUAUGGGUAUCAAGGGAAAAACUCGAGAUGAGGAGAGGGCAAGAGCAGUAUCAGUUACAAAAUACAGUCCAUUUUGGUCAGAGAGGUUUCAGUUUGUGUCCGCAGUGAAAUUAGAUUCAGACACAACUUGUAUUAAUGUUUUGCCAUUUCGAGAUUACGAGGGUCUUAGUAAGUAUGUUGCUGUUGGGGAUGAUCAAGGCAGGGUUUAUGUGUUCUCAAGGAAUGGGGAUGUUUUGAUUGAGCUUUACACAGUGUGUGAUUCGCCUGUUACUGCAAUGGUUUCAUACUUAUCAGUUUAUAAGAAUGAGAGUAUUGUGGUAACAGGACAUCAAAAUGGUGUGAUUUUGGUGCACAAGGUUCUUGAAGGUCUAAAUGGAGAGGAAUGGGGCUCAUUGUCUAUGGAAAAUGUCGGUAAGUUUAUUCCUACUGAUCACUCGGAAGAAGGUUUAGCGAUAACUAUUUUGGAAGUGCAUCAUGUUGGGAGAUCGAGGUAUAUAUUGUCAUCGGAUGCUGGUGGGAAGAUUCGCGUUUUAAGAGAAAAUGGGACUGUACAUGGUUCUGCUAUACUGACAAGUAGGCCACUUGCAUUCUUGAAGCAAAGGCUUUUGUUUUUGACGGAGAAUGGUGCUGGGUCAUUGGAUUUAAGGAGCAUGAAAGUCAGGGAAUCAGAAUGUGAAGGAUCGAAUCAUACUCUUGUUCGGAAUUAUGUUUUUGAUGCUACAGAACGGUCCAAAGCUUAUGGAUUUACAUCGGAGGGUGAUUUGAUUCAUGUAUUGUUGUUAGGAGAUAUAAUGAAUUUCAAAUGCAGGGUCAGAUCCAAAAGAAAGUUUGACAUAGAUGGACCCAUUGCAAUGCAAGCCAUUAAGGGUUAUUUGCUUCUUGUCAAUGAGGAGAAGGUUUUUGCAUAUAAUGUUUCGACUCAACACUAUGUUAGGGUUAGUGGACCUCGGCUUCUGUUCUCUGCUGGUUUGGAUGAGAUUAGGUCAUUGUUUCUAAAUUAUCAAGUGGUGGAUGCACGUGUAGAGUGGAGAAGGGUGAUACCCUUAAUAGCCAGUAACCGAGAAAAACUUGUUGUUCUUGGCCUUGGGGGUGGGUAUGUGGGAAUGUAUCGCUCUAAUCUUCCAGUAUUUAAAGGAGAAUUCAAUACAAUGCUAUGGACAAGCCCGGUGUUGUUCUUCAUAGUCUUUUUAUUUGGAGCAUGGCAAUUCUUUGCUAAGAAGAAGGAUGCACUUACGUCAUGGGGACCGGAUUAUCCUUUUAGCUCCACACCAACUGGAGCUCCAAUAGGAUCUAGCUCUGGGGACCGAUCAAUUGUUGAUUCUUCUUCAAGAAGAGAUGAACUAGUGGACUUAAGGGCUGGUGGUUUGAGAGGUCCAUCAAGGAGGUAUGUUUCACCUUCACGAUAUCCCGGGGGAACAACCACCUCCUUUACGCCGAGCUCUGCUGAUACCACCUCCAGAUCUACUUCUGUUGAUCCUAAUUAUAAAACUUCGUCGGAGCUAAAAUAUAGGGGUCCAACCCUGGAGUCUACAGGUUUUCCUAAAAGAAGAGAGAAUCUAUUUGUAAGCAAUGAAGUUGUGGAUGAUAGCAGUUGAGUUGUAAAAUCAGUUCCUCCAACAAAAAACUUAAGGUGCUGGAAUUCUUUCUAGUACAGUGCAUUUGGUAUCAGGGAGACUUUUAUGAACUUUCAAUGCUGUAACUUAAUUUCCUAGUUGCUUCAAGGAAAAUUAAUGAUGAAAAAUUCUUGUUCUGAA